AUGCAUGGAUUGGUUGCUAGCUUGUCUGAAGGAGAAUUGCAAGUUGACAAGGUUGUUGCCAGAUUACCAAAUUCCGUUAAAAGAAAUCUUUUAUACAUCCACCCAUCUUGUCUGCCACUGUGUAAUUUGAGCAUAGGUCAGCCAUGUGUUGUAGAUGGAGAAUAUGUCCAAACAGUUUGGCCAUCUCCGUUAACUAACCCAAGCAUGGUGGGACUUUCAUCUGAGAUUCAAGAAAAGCUUCAAAAGAAAUCCAAGGAUUUUGUUUUGAUCAGUUCUUUAAAGCAACCACAACUUCAAGCUGCUGUUCUUCAGAUUAAAUCUCACGAUAAAAAAGAUUUUUACUCAAAUGUGGAAUUUUCCGAGUUUUUACAAAAGGAAACUGAUGGAAAAUAUUUUGCCAAAAGUAAUCAUUACACCUUUCAUUAUUUUGGACAACAUUGUUCUUUCACUGUUUCUGAAAUACAAGGCUUCGCAGAUAAAAUAGAAUUGACCACUCCAAUUUUUGCUUCUUAUGGACUCACAUUUCCUAAAGGCAUUUUAUUAUAUGGUCCUUCUGGAUGUGGAAAAACUUUUCUCAUCAAUGCUGUCGCCAAUGAAAUGAAUUGUUUUGUUACAAAAGUUGCAGCUCCUAGCAUUUGGAGCAAAUUUUACGGUGAAACAGAAUCUCAUCUCAGAGAUAUUUUCAAAACUGCUCAAGAAAGGUCUCCUAGUCUCAUAAUAAUGGAUGAUGUGGAUGCCCUCUGCCCAAAUCGACAGAAUAGUAACAAUGAAUUAGAAAAACGUGUUGUUACAACUCUGCUGACUCUCAUGGAUGGUCUUUGUAAUGACUUGUUUGAGAAAAUGAUUUUAGUUGUAGCAGCUACAAAUAAACCAGACAUGGUUGAUCCUGCACUUAGACGACCAGGACGGUUUGAUCGAGAAAUAGAGAUUGGAGUGCCCACAUCAGAGGACAGAUGUGAUAUUCUUAAGAAACUCUUACAAAACAUUCCUAACACAGUUUUACCAGAGGAAUUGAAAAGAAUAGCUGAUGCUGCCCAUGGGUUUGUUGGUGCUGAUCUGUUAGCUGUGUGUAAAGAAGCAAAUCUUCAGGCAAUUAAAACACAAAGCAAAUCCCAAAUUAUGGUCACUGACAACCAUUUGACAUAUGGCCUGAAUAUGGUUCAGCCAAGUGCUAUGCGGCAAGUUCAGCUUGAAGUACCUCAGGUCCGCUGGUGUGAUAUUGGGGGUCAAGAGGAAGUGAAACAAAAACUUAAACAAGCAAUAGAAUGGCCAUUAAAACAUCCAGAGAUUUUUGUGCGAAUGGGUAUCCAGCCACCUAAAGGAAUUUUGCUGUAUGGACCUCCUGGUUGUUCCAAAACUAUGAUCGCUAAAGCAUUGGCUACUGAGAGUGGGCUUAAUUUCAUUGCUAUUAAGGGGCCAGAAUUAUUCAACAAGUGGGUUGGUGAAAGUGAGAAGGCUGUUCGUGAAGUGUUCCGAAAAGCAAGGGCAGCUGCCCCAGCUGUGGUUUUCUUUGAUGAAAUUGAUGCUUUGGCUGUGGAGAGGGGCAGUUCUUCUGCUGGAAGCAGUAAUGUGGAGGACAGAGUAUUGGCUCAACUUUUAACUGAGUUGGAUGGUGUAGAAAAACUUCAGUAUGUUACUGUAGUUGCUGCCACCAAUAGGCCAGACAUGAUUGACAAAGCUCUUCUUAGACCAGGUCGGAUUGACCGUAUAAUGUAUGUUCCUCUGCCAGACAGAAUUACUCGUGAAGAAAUCUUUCAUAUUCAUUUGAAGAAGAUGCCAAUUGCUGAUGAUAUUAACAUUAAGAACCUGGCUGAGAUGACAGAAAGUUAUUCAGGGGCAGAGGUGUCGGCCAUUUGCCAGGAAGCUGCUAUGUUUGCUAUGCAAGAAGAUAUCAACAUUGACCAAAUCCAGCAAAGACACUUCCAGAAAUCAUUGGAAGUUGUUAAACCACGAAUCACAGAUGCUUUGCUACAAUUCUAUGCAAAUUAUGAACAAAAAAGCAGUUUGCAUCCUGUAUAA